AUGGCAAAAAAGGGUGAGGAAGCAGUUGUCAAAGUCAGUACAACGUCCGUAGUAAGACCGGCCGUCCAAACAGGCGCGCAGACCAUGUUCCUCUCCAACCUUGAUCAUUUUUGGUUACCCAUCAACAACGUUCAAAGGCUUUUCUUCUACACGCAGUCUCCUUUGAACGAUUAUUCUUCAUUAAUACAAGGCAUGAAAAGAAGCCUCUCCUCAGUUUUAGUGUAUUUCUAUCCUCUGGCUGGUCGGUUGAAGAAAGGAGAAUCUGGCAGGAUGGAGGUUGAUUGCAACGAUGAAGGCGUGGAAUUUAGGGAGGCAUCAAUUAGCAUACCCUUCCAAGAUUUAGAAAAAGAUGGGUUUCGCCGUAAAUCCUUCUUCCCAAAGCUUGUCCACGACAUCAAUCUUUCUGUGAAUGAAAACUACAGUAGACCGCUUCUGUUAAUACAGGUUACAGCUUUUGAGGGAGAUUGUAGCAGAGGUCUCCCCCUUGCCAAACCUCCUCAGCACGCCAGAGCAGUUUUCAAACGAGAUAAGAAGAGUCCCAUGUCGAUUUCUUACAAAGCCCUUCAGAUAAUAAGCCAGGGGAUUACAGGGGCCAAGAUUUUCAAGUUUGUACCUGAUAGUUCAUCGUCAUACCACAUGAAAACAUGUGGUAGCGUGAAUGUGGAAAAGCCCAACGAGCUUCUCCAGAAAUGGGUGGAUCCCAAACUGAAAACGGAGGUGAUAUACUCGACAUUUUGCUUUACAGAUGAUAUGAUACAAGAAUUGAAACAACGAAGCGGGGCUGCGAGUUCUUUCGUUGCAGUGGCCGCACAAUUUUGGAGAUGUGUAAUGAGAGCUCGCGAGGUGCCGCUGGAAGAAGCCGUUUAUUUCGUAUUGCUGGGUGAUUGCAGGGGUCGUGUUAAACCUCCUCUUCCUCCAACUUAUUUUGGAAAUUGCUUAUCUCUUGGUUUGGCCCAGACAACAGCCAAAGCACUGAUCAAUUCCGACAUUUGCUUCGCUGCAGAUAUUAUCCAGCAACUCAUCCAUUCCUGCACUUCGGAAGCCCAGAUUAAUUAUCUGAUCGAUUGGGCAGAAUCUCCAGGCGGAAAUUGUUUAAGUUUAGUUAAAGAAGUCGGGUGGGAAUACGGGACGAAUGCAGUAAGUUCUCCAAGAUUUCCAUUGUACGAAAUUGAUUUUGGAUGGGGGAAGCCUGCGGACGUCCAGGUUGCAACAAUGAACGAAAUUGGAAUCAUGUUUUUGUCAUGUGCAAAGGAUGGAGGAAAAAGCAUUCUUGUCUCCACUUGCCUUCCUCAGCACCAGAUGGAAGUCUUGCAUCAUCUUCUCACCGUUUCAGUUGAAUAA